CACGACUCCACACGCGCGCACGCAGCCAGCGGGCGGCCGGAGCGGACGGCGGACGGAGCGGGCGGCGUCGGGGUCGCGGCGCCUGCAGCAGCGGUCGGCUGGUCUCUCGCGGUUCCGGGGCGGCGGCGGCUCCUGCCCUCUAGCUUUCGCUGCGUCUCCGGCUGCAGGUGAAACGCAAGCCAGCCAGGAUGGAUAUCUACGACACACAGACCUUGGGUGUUGUGGUCUUCGGCGGCUUCAUGGUGGUGUCUGCCAUCGGCAUCUUCCUGGUGUCCACCUUCUCCAUGAAGGAGACAUCUUAUGAAGAGGCCCUCGCCAACCAGCGCAAGGAGAUGGCAAAAACCUACUACCAGAAAGUGGAGAAGAAAAAGAAGGAGAAAAACGUGGAAAAGAAAGGAAAGACCAAGAAAAAGGAUGAGAAACCAAAUGGGAAGAUUCCUGACCAUGAGCUAGGCCCCAGCGUCACUGUACUCCUCAGAGAACCGAAACAUACUCCAGCCAUGGUGGUGGCUCCAACCCCGAUCCAGGCCCCGCUGGUCUUCACCCCUGUGGCUGCAGUACCAGCCAUGCCCCAAGAGAAGCCAGCCUCCUCCCCUAAGGACAAAAAGAAGAAGGAGAAAAAAGUGGCCAAGGUGGAACCAGCUGUCAGCUCUGUGGUGAAUUCCAUCCAGGUUCUUGCCUCAAAGUCAGCCAUCUUGGAAGCCACUCCUAAGGAGGUGCCCAUGGUGGCCGUACCUCCAGUGGGUGCCAAGACCAGCACCCCAGCCAUCAGCAUGGCUCAGGGCACCCCGAAUCAGGGCAAGAAAGGAGAUGGGUCCCAGAACCAGGGAAAAAAGGGGGAAGGAAACCAGAAUCAGGCCAAGAAGGGGGAGGGGAACCAGAACCAGGCUAAGAAGGUGGAGGGGAACCAGAACCAGGCCAAGAAGGGGGAAGUGAACCAGAACCAGGGAAAGAAGGGGGAGGGGAACCAGAACCAGGGGAAGAAGGGGGAGGGGAAUCAGAACCAGGGGAAGAAGGGAGAGGGAAACCAGAACCAGACCAAGAAGGGGGAGGGGAACCAGAACCAGGGGAAGAAGGGGGAGGGGAACCAGAACCAGGGGAAGAAGGGGGAGGGUAACCAGAACCAGACCAAGAAGGGAGAGGGAAACCAGAACCAGGGGAAGAAGGGGGAGGGGAACCAGAACCAGGGGAAGAAGGGGGAGGGGAACCAGAACCAGACCAAGAAGGGGGAGGGGAACCAGAAUCAGGCCAAGAAGGGGGAAGGGAACCAGAACCAGGGGAAGAAGGGAGAAGGGAACCAGAACCAGGGGAACAAAGGGGAGGUGAACCAGAACCAAGCUAAGAAGGGGGAGGGAAACCAGAACCAGGCUAAGAAGGGGGAGGGGAACCAGAACCAGGCUAAGAAGGGAGAAGGGAACCAGAACCAGGCUAAGAAGGGGGAGGGGAACCAGAACCAGGCUAAGAAGGGGGAGGGGAACCAGAACCAGGCUAAGAAGGGGGAGGGGAACCAGAACCAGGCUAAGAAGGGAGAAGGGAACCAGAACCAGGCUAAGAAGGGGGAGGGGAACCAGAACCAGAACCAGGCUAAGAAGGAAGAAGGGAACCAGAACCAGGGAAAGAAGGGGGAGGGGAACCAGAACCAGGCUAAGAAGGGGGAGGGGAAUCAGAACCAGGCUAAGAAGGGGGAGGGGAACCAGAACCAGGGGAAGAAGGGGGAGGGGAAUCAGAACCAGGUGAAGAAGGGGGAGGGGAACCAGAACCAGGCUAAGAAGGCAGAGGGCACCCCAAAUCAGGGCAAGAAGGGGGAUGGGUCCCAGAACCAGACUAAGAAGGGGGAGGGGAACCAGAACCAGGCCAAGAAGGGGGAGGGGAACCAGAACCAGGCUAAGAAGGGAGAUGGGAACCAGAACCAGGCUAAGAAGGGGGAGGGGAACCAGAACCAGGGAAAAAAGGGAGAGGGAAACCAGAACCAGACUAAGAAAGGAGAGGUGAAUCAGGAGCAGGCCAGGAAGGGAGAAGGGAACCAAAACCAGGCGAAGAAGGGAGAGGGGAACCAGAACCAGGGGCAGAAGGUGGAGGGGAACCAGAACCAGGGAAAGAAAGGAGAGGGGAACCAGAACCAGGCCAAGAAGGGGGAAGGGGCUCAGAACCAGGGAAAAAAGGGGGAGGGGAAACAGAACCAGGCCAAGAAGGGGGAGGGGAACCAGAACCAAGCCAAGAAAGGGGAGGGGAAGAAGGGGGAGGGAAACCAAGACCAGGGAAAGAAAGGGGAGGGGAACCAGAAUCAGGGGAAGAAGGGGGAGGGGGACCAGAACCAGGGCAAAAAAGUGGAGGCUGCCCCGAACCAGGGCAAGAAGACAGAGGGAGUCCCAAGCCUGAACAAGAAAGGAGAGGGUGCCCAGAACCAGGGUAAAAAGAUGGACGGAAUGCCAAACCAGGGCAAAAAGGCAGAUGCAGCUGCCAGUCAGGCUAAGAAGCCUGAGCCAGCUCCUGUCCAGGGCAAGAGUACAGUUCCAGUUCAGAGCCAGGAGACUCUCAAGCAGGAAGCUCCUGCAAAGAAGAAAUCUGGUUCCAAGAAAAAGGGUGAGUCUGGGCCCUCCGAUGCAGACAGCCCUCUCUGCCUGCCCUACAAGUCACUGGUCUCAAUGGUGGGAAGCAUGGCGUUAAAUGAGGGUGAGGCCCAGCGGCUCAUCGAGAUCCUGUCAGAGAAAGCGGGAGUCCUCCAGGACACCUGGCACAAGGCCACUCAGAAAGGUGACCCUGUGGCCAUCCUGAAACGCCAGCUGGAGGAGAAGGAGAAGCUGCUGGCCACGGAGCAAGAGGAUGCAGCCGUGGCCAAGAGCAAACUGAGGGAGCUCAACAAGGAGAUGGCUGCAGAGAAGGCCAAGGCCGCCGCUGGUGAGGCCAAGGUGAAGAGGCAGUUGGUGGCACGGGAGCAGGAGAUCGCUGCGGUGCAGGCACGCAUGCAGGCCAGCUACCGAGAGCAUGUGCAGGAGGUGCAGCAGCUGCAGGGCAAGAUCCGGACGCUGCAGGAGCAGCUGGAGAACGGCCCCAACACCCAGCUGGCCCGCCUGCAGCAAGAGAACUCCAUCCUGCGUGACGCCCUAAACCAGGCCACCAGCCAGGUGGAGAGCAAGCAGAAUGCAGAGCUGGCAAAGCUGCGUCAGGAGUUGGGCAAGGCUAGCAAGGAGCUGGUGGAGAAGGCAGAGAUAUCCCGGCAGGAGGAGCAGCAGCGCAAGGCACUGGAAGCCAAGGUGGCUGCCUCUGAGAAGCAGAUGCUGCAGCUGCAGGUGUCCCACAAGGAGAGUGAGGAGGCCCUGCAGAAGCGCCUAGACGAGCUCAGCCGGGAGCUGUGCCGCACACAGAGCAGCCAUGCCAGCCUGCGCGCCGAUGCCGAGAAGGCCCAGGAGCAGCAACAGCGUGCAGCAGAGCUGCACAGCAAGCUGCAGGCCUCCGAGGCAGAGGUGAAGAGCAAGUGCGAGGAGCUGCGUGGGCUGCACAGCCGGCUGCAGGAGGCCCAAGCCGAGAACACCCAGCUGGCUGAGCGCAUGCACUCCAUCGAGGCCCUGCUGGAGGCGGGCCAGGCCCACAGUACCCAGGUCAGCCAAGUGGAGGCUGAACGGCAACAGACACAGCUUGUGGAGCUGGAGUCGCAGGUAUUGCGUCUUGAGAAGGAGGCCACCGAGCUCAGGGAGGCUAUGGAGCAGCAGAAAGGAAAGAAUAACGACCUCCGGGAGAAGAACUGGAAGGCCAUGGAAGCGCUGGCCUUGGCCGAGAGGACCUGUGCGGAGAAGCUACAUGUGCUGACACGGGCCAAGGAGGAUUCCGAGAAGCAGCUUCAGCAGGUACAGGCACAGACCAGGGAGGCCCUGCAGGUGCUGCUCCCCGAGCUCUCAGCCUCAGCACACCAGAGCUACACUGAGUGGCUGCAGGAGCUCAGAGAGCGGGGCCCUGAGCUGCUGAAGACCAUGCUGGCCUCCACGGAGCCUCCUCCUGACGUGGCCUCCAAGCUGCGGGAGGCCGAGGAGGCCCAGAGCAGCCUCCAGGCCGAGUGUGACCAGUACCGCACCAUCCUGGCUGAGACGGAGGGCAUGCUCAAGGACCUGCAGAAGAGUGUAGAGAAGGAGGAUCAGGUGUGGAAGGCCAAGGUGGGCGCCAAAGAGGAGGAGCUGCAGAAGUCACAGGUCACAGUGAAGCAUCUCGAAGACACGAUCGCAAAGCUCAAAGGAGAGCUCGAGAGCUCAGACCAGCUGAGGCAGCUGCUGUUAGAUUCUCAGUCUCAGCUGGAUGCCACGAAGAGAGAAGCCCAGAAGCAGAGCCAGGAGCUCGACCUGCUUAGGCAACAGAUGAGUGAGAUGAAGAGCCGCAUGUUGGACACUGAUGUGGCUGGGUCCCCAGGAGUCCCCUCAGCCGAGCCGGACUCUCUGAAGCUGCGAGCACAGCUGGAGCGGACAGAGCUUGCCCUGGAGGAGGAGCAGGCGCAGCGGCGGAAGCUCAAGGCUGAGUUCGAGGAGGCCCAGAGCACGGUGUGCCAGCUGCGGAAGGAGCUGGAGAUGCUGCGCGCUACUGGCCCCCAGUCCACAGGUGCCGAGGUGGCACAGCUGAAGGAGAGACUGGAGGAGCAGCAGCUAACAGGUGACCUGGGCUGUACCACCAGCACGCUGCAGGGGCUCCUGGGGACCACACAGGGGCAGCUGGUGGGGGAGCAGACCAAGGUGGAGCAGCUGCAGGAACAGCCGGGAAGAGUGGAGGAUGGCAGCGGCCCGAAGGAGGGCACCUCCGUCUGAGCCUCUGAGGGAAGUCACCGUUCCUGUUACCAAAAUGCCUUACACAUUCCUCACAAGUGAAUCGACCACACAGCGUUCCCAGGCCCAACUUCCAGAAUCUCCAGGGGAGCCGUGGAGCCGCUCUUCCUGCAGACCCUGCCGCACAAGACCCCGCCUCGUGUGUGAAACACUAUGCCAGGGCCUGGCCGCCCAUGUAGAUGCCUGCACAGACGCCAGCGCACUUAAGCUGACACAUGGCAUGAGGGGCUGGGGCAUGGGGACGCCAGCCAGUGCAAUUAUCCAGUCUCCUUGGAGGGGCAGGGCGCAGAGGGGAAGGGUCCUCGGAGGCCACCGCCCUCCCCCAAGUCACUCAGCGGAACUGUGCGUGACCUCCUGGAUGUUGAUGCCAUUAAACCAACGUGUUGCCCGGCA